CCUUAUGUACUAUUAAGUCAGCGUAUUUAUUAAUUUUUUUUUAGACAUGUUCAAAAAUUAUCUCCCAAUUACAUGUGAUUUAUCCCUUAAAUGAAAAGAAAAGUGAGUGGAAAAUUGUAAUCUUUUUACAUCGAUAUGGGGAGAAAAAUAAAGUAGAGAGAAAUUUGGGAAAACAUAAUAAAGAAGAUCUACACAUUUUUCUCUUGACUUUUUUUCUUUUAAAUUGAGAAAAAAUUUUCUGAAAAGUUUUCAAUAUCUGCCCAUCAAUUUUAUUAUAUUCUAUUAUUUCUUAAUAUAAUGUCAUGUAUUUUUUAAAUUAUUUUAAAUCAUGUUAAAAGAGUUAUUUAAUUUUUUUAAAAAUCAUUGUGUAAAAGUAAAUUUUAAAAAUUUAAUUUUAUAUUAAAUUAUUAAAUUAAUUACUGUUCACCUUCAUUAUUUUUUUUCCGAGUAAUAAGAAAAAGUCACCACUUCUCAUUUUUCUCUUUUUCUGCAUUUUUUCUCUCCUUUAUUCUCAAAUCAUACUCCAUUAAAAAAAUAUUUUUUAAUAGUUAAAUAUUUAAAAAUAUAAAAUGUUUUCUAUUUUUUUAACGUAUAAUUAUUUUUAUAAAUAUUUUAUUAAAUAAAUCAUUUUAUAUUUUUUAAAAUAAAAUAUUUUAUUAAAUUUUAAUAAAUCUAAAAAAGGUAAAUUUAAUUUAAAAUAAGAUACUACUUUAUUAAAAAUAAUAUUUAAUUAAAAAUAUUUCAUAUUUUUUUUUACAAAAGAGUUAGGAAAGAAGCGUAUUUUUCUUUAGAUCUGGUUUGAUUGCAGCAACCAACGGCGCCGUUUGAUUUGGCGUGCGGUUUGUUCCGUCGAUCUUGCGAACGGUUGAGAUUGUUCCUUGCUGGUCAAGCGUCGUGCUUUGGAUGCAGCAAAGACGGAGGAGAGGAAAGAUGGAGACCGACCGACGGCGGAAGGAGGUAACGUUUUUGAUUGUCCAGAAAGUCGGAGGCACACAGAAUUCCCUGAAAACUGAAAACAAAUGCAAUGGAAGAUCAUGAAUCAACGACGAUUACGUGCAGCAUUUUAGCCAUAGACCACACCAAUCUCACUUACCAUGCCUGCCAUGUUUGUGAAAGGCCUCAGCUUGACUCCUUACCUUCUUCCACUAACCUUUCCUCUCCUUGCAAAUUCUGCUGCUCCAAAUCCCUCAACCCUACCUCCCCCUUCCCCUCCUCUUUCAAACGACUAUUUCGAGUCCUGAUGUCGAUUGCAACUGACACCAAGGUUAUCACUGUCGUUUGCUUUGAUAAAGUUGCGAGGGUUCUGUUUGGAUGCUCUGCCGAUGAAUUUUUUGACUUUGCCAAGCUUCACCCGUUGUCUGGCCCGAUGGUUAACGAAAUUCUAGAGGGAGAGAUGUUCAGAAUGAAUGUAUCGAAACCAAAAAACGGUCAUGCACGACAUCUACGAGUUGUAUCAGCUAUCCCUCUGAGGAGUGGAUUUAGGCCAGCAAUUGAAGCCUUGAGAGAAUACCACCGACGAUUACCAGUUUCAUAAUGCCUUUUGGUUUCUCUAUUGUCUCAGGGAUCUACUUACUUCUGUCUAAUUUAGCUUCCCGAUAUAUUUUUUCCAUGUUGUUGUUGGAUAAUUCAUAUGAGAUCUCUACUGUUAUAAGUAGAAGAAUGGUGUUUUGAGUAAUCAUUACUUAUUAGAUACUCCAGAAAAACUCUCGAGUUAAAAAAUUAUAGCGACAUGACACAUUUUUGAAA